AUGGCACCUCCGAGCGGGUCGGCGGCGUACAAGAAGAAAGAUGGCACCCUGACGAUGUCACCGGAUCGCCAGUCGGUGUCCUGGAUUCCAGCAGCGGGCGGUGCAUCUGGUACCAUCACGAUUUCUGUGUCUCAAGUGACAAAUUUACAACAGACACCCGCUAGCAGCCCGAAAGUCAUGCUUAAAAUCUUCGUCCUCCCUCCGAACAAUCCUUCUGCGGCUCCCGAACAAUACAUUUUCUCGUUUACGGCUGGCGCGAAUGCCCGAGCCGAAGCAGACGCCAUCAAAGAUGCUCUCAGUGCGGCGAUACAGGCGGCCAAAUCCGCGCAAGCGACGCCGACCCCCGCUGCAGCGUCGGCAGAAGGAGGAGGAAUGUCGGCAGCUAUGGCGAUGGCGAGCGCGGUUUCGUCCGCAGGGUCGGGGAAGAACUGGUGGGAUGACGAUAAACGGCUCGGGACUGAUGUGGAAUUGCAACAGUCGUUAUUAAAGGCGGAUGCGAACCUCCAGAAAAUGUUCAUGGAGUCUUUACAUACAAAACCGGAUACACUGUCGGCGGGUCAGUUUAUGUCGCAGUUUUGGUCUACGCGGCUGCAUCUGCUACGGGCGCACGCUAUUGAGCGAUCACAGACACGAGGUUCUUACAAUGUUCUAUCGACGCUCAAGCCGCGGACGGAAGAUAAUGUGACGAAAAUGAAUAUCAGCAAGGAGCAGAUUCAGCUGAUCUUCAACCAGCAUCCGCUUGUCAAGCGGGUGUACGAUGAGAACGUGCCGAAGCUGAGUGAAUCACAAUUUUGGUCACGGUUUUUCCAAAGUCGGUUGUUCAAGAAGCUGCGUGGAGAGCGGAUCACAGAUUCGGAUGCGACAGACGCAGUUUUGGAUAAAUAUCUCAAGGCCGAUGAGCAAGGGAACUUGAUACGUGAGGUACAUGUGCCGCAUUUCCUUGAUCUGGAAGGAAACGAAGGAAACAAUAGUCAGCGUCGGGGAAAUCGGCCAGACUUGGACAUGAGACCUUCAGCCGUGGAAAAGGUGCCUAUCAUCCGUACAUUGAACACCUUGAGCGAAAAGAUCAUGGCGAAUGUAGCCCCCGCGGAUCGAGCAGCAUCGGCACCUGUGGGGAAAUUAGACGAUGGCACAUAUGAUGAGUUGCAACUGCGCGAUUUACGUGGAGACGAAGCGCAGAACCGCAUUCUAUUGAACAUCCGAGAUCAAAACCGGUUCUUCUCGGCGGCCAAGCUCGCCGAGGACGAGCAAAAGCGAUCGGUUGAGCAGCAGGAUCCGGACAAGAUACUACAAGAUCUACGCAGCACACUUGAGCGGAAUUUCCGCGACGAUGGUUCGGCGCCGCUCGGCAAGCUAGUCGACCCGGAGGAAGACGAGGAGGAAGAGGACUCAGAAACGAGCUCAAGGAGGCAGCGACAUUUGGCGUCCAAGCAGAUUCUCGAUGUCAUCAAAGACCGACGUGCCCAGGCGCAGGUUUCGGCAAGCUCCGACACGUACGGGUUGUCCGCGGCGCUGCAUUCUUGUCCGGAAACCCGGAACGUGCCGGGGAAGUGGCGUCACUCGUCGAGUCAUUGA